AUGCCAGCGAAUCCCUCGCGAAAGGAAGCGAAAAAGAAGGCUGUGCCGAAAGCAAAACCGCAGCCCAAGCCAGUGGACGAUUAUGUCUAUCCGAUCAUCCGCUGCAAGUAUUGCACUCAGGGCUCCAAGAACCCCUUGAUCAAGAUCGAGGCACGUGAAGAUCGCGGCGACUUGCAUUCCAGGUGGGUGCAGAAGCUGCAGUUGGUCAUCAAAUCUGACCUCAGUGUGCAGAAGGCCAUGAACGUUGCCAAGAGCUUCGCCGACGCUUAUGUGCCGAACGACUCGCCUAUCAAGAUGCAGAAGACGGCCCAGACUCAGAUCGCGGAGGAUGGGCCGAAGCCGGCUAAGGGAGAUGAUGCUGAUGAAUGUGAUGAUGAUGAUGAUGCACCCGUGGCCGCCGAUCCCGGCAGCACAGCAGCUCCGCCGCCGGCCGCCGCAGCUCCGCCAGCCGCCGCAGCGCCGAAUAUGACCUCCGAGUCCAAAGCCAAAGCAAUCGCCAACUACGCAUCGCACUACAAUAGGGAUCCGAAAGAUGUUACCAUCGAGGUGAUUCAGGCUUCGGCUGAAGGAGCUACCUAUUGGGCGACUGUUGGAAUGGACACCUCAGCCCGAUCUUCCACGGGUCAAGCGAUGACCCGAGCCCUAAAGCACAAACCAGACGUGAAAGCUAUGUAUGGUCUGAUGCUAGACUCCUUCAAGGGCGAAUUCCGGAAGGCCUGGAGUGUGAGCAAGGACUUCGAAUUCGUUCGUACGGUCAAAACCACGGAGAAUACCUACAGGAAGAAGCGGGAGGACGUGGGAACUUACAAAACCCAUCUUCAGAUCACCCAGAUUUUGGGUGGCACUGAUCAGCCAGCCGCCGUUCAGCAAGCCCAGCAUUAUAUCGACAUGUGCAACCGUGCAGACUUGAAGGUUCGGGCGGAGAAGGUUGAAAUCUCCAAGGCUAUGCGGUGCUACGCCGUAGAAACCGGCACCCGGCUGGUGGACGUCAGCGAGGAUGAUGUGAGGAACUCCGAGCUCGGAGUGCAAGGGUAUGCCGCUUUGUUCGAAAGGACGCCAGCGGCCCUCCCAAAGCCGGGAGGUGACGGCAGUGCUGCCAAAGGGGGCAAGAAGAGGGCCUCGCCGGAGGAGUCCGGUGUUGGUGGUGGGCCUGGGGGCGAGGAGCCUCCAGCUACAGUUGAGGAGAAUGGCAACAAAAAGAAGCCACGGGGCAACGGCGGCUCAAACCUUGCUUCGAAGAAGGAAAAGGAGGUGAAGGAGCUGCUCGCCCAGGAGCAGUCCUCGGACAACGCCAUGAGCAUGAUCACGAUCGAGAUGGGCAAGGGUGAUGCCGCAUCGUGGGCUUGGGCGAGUGGGUUCGUAAAGAACUACAAGGAUUGCCGGGUGCAGGUGCUCCAGGCUUACGCGGAGAACCCGUUCUUUCAGGCCAUGAAAGUGGCCGUGCUUUCGGCGAAGGAGCUACAGAAAGUCAAGAAGGAUUACAAAGAUCAGUAUCUCCCGAAACUCUGCGAUUUCGUGAGCACCUUAGGCCCUCGAAUCCUUGCUAUGCAGGAAGCUAGCUCGCAAAUCAGUCUGAUGUCUGUAGCGAAGGCAAAUGCCAGUGCUUCUUUAGUUGCUCAGCCCGAGAAGAAAACCAAAACCCAGAGAAUCAAACGGGCGGCCUCAUCUGCCAGCAUCACCUCUGCUUAG